UCGCUGCAGUGGAAGAAAUCAGACAGAAAAAUGAAAACCUACCCAGCCAUUGGUUUCUUCCUCCUCUUCGUGAUCAGCUAUGGCUCUUCUGAAAACUCAAGUACAUCCAGAGGGUGCGGACUGGAUCUUCUCCCUCAGUACGUUUACCUGUGCGACCUGGAUGCCAUUUGGGGCAUAGUUGUGGAGGCAGUUGCGGGGGCAGGUGUGCUGACCACGUUACUGCUGAUGCUGAUUCUGCUGGUGAGGCUGCCCUUCAUCAAGGACAAAGAGAAGAAGAGUCCCCUGGGAAUGCACUUCCUCUUUCUUUUUGGGACUCUCGGGCUGUUUGGGCUGACGUUUGCUUUCAUCAUACAAGAAGAUGAAAUGGUGUGCUCUACCCGAAGAUUUCUAUGGGGAGUUAUCUUUGCUUUGUGCUUCUCGUGCUUGCUAGCUCAAGCCUGGAGACUUCGUAGACUAGUUCGACAUGGGAAGAGUCCAUCUGGCUGGCAUCUAGCUGGUGUGGCAGUCUGCCUGAUGCUCGUUCAGGUCAUUAUUGCAACUGAGUGGUUAAUACUGACAAUUGUCAGAGAUAACAAGUUGGCCUGCAGCUAUGAACCAAUGGAUUUUGCUAUGGCUUUGAUUUAUGUUAUGUUCCUGAUGGUAUUUACCAUGGGAUUUUCUCUUUUCACUCUCUGUGGAAAGUUCAAGAAAUGGAAGAAAAAUGGAGUAUGCCUCAUUAUAACACUUUUUUUUUCCAUUCUGAUUUGGGUAGCCUGGCUGACUAUGUACCUCUUUGGUAAUGCUGAGCUAAAGAGAAGAGACAAAUGGAGUGAUCCUACUCUUGCUAUUGCACUGGUGUCCAGUGGUUGGGUGUUUGUUAUUUUUCAUGCCAUCCCAGAGGUCCACUGUACCAUCCUUCCAUCACAGCAGGAAAACACUCCCAAUUAUUUUGAUACUUCACAGCCAAGGAUGCGUGAAACUGCUUUUGAGGAAGAUAUACAGCUUCCUCGGAGCUACAUGGAAAAUAAAGCCUUUUCAAUGGAUGAACACAAUGCAGCGCUAAGAACGGCAGGAUUUCGAAACGGCAGUUUGGGAAGCCGACCUAGUGCUCCUUUUAGAAGCAAUGUUUAUCAGCCAACUGAGAUGGCAGUUGUGCUAAAUGGUGGGACUAUACCAACUGCUCCGCCAAGUUACACUGGACGACACCUCUGGUGAAAGGCUGUAGGCUGUAGAGAAUGAGAAUCCUUGUUGCAGAUGUUGUUCCCUGGCAGUGUGUCUUUGAGGGAGGAAUCCAUAACAGUACCAGAACAAAGCAACAAAACAUCCAGGAGCUUUUGAAAUCCUACAGAGGAUUUUGUCUAAAUGUGAACACCACUGAACUGAUAACUGCAAAAACAAAAUUGUAAAACUGAAGCUGAAUCUGAUUUAAAAUAGAAGUAGGCACACCUUAAAUUGGAAGAGGGGGAUAUUGCGUUCUGAAAUGUAAGAUAUUCUCUCGUCUGUAACUAGUGUGCAAGGCAAGCCUGUUUUUGUUGGUUGCCAGUUGCUUGCAAAAUACCCUCCUCUCGCCUAAACUUAAUUCAUGUUGCCACAAGAGAUUGCCACUACAGUGUGAAAACAUGCAGGAUUUCUUUCCAUUUUGCUCCUUUUCCCUUCAUUUCAAAUGUCAUAAGAAGUACCUUGUUUGCUUCAUUAUCUAGCUGUACUGUACAGUCAUGUAGCAUCAUGUGUAGUCAAGCAUUGUCACUCUGUGGCAACUAAAUUAGCAUUACGCUGUAGACUGGUACUCCUUCUCUUUAAAAAGCUGGUGUAGGAAAUGCAGUUUUGGAGGGAUGAAAGGUCAAUGCAUGUUUCAUGCGAGUUAUGGAGCUUCUUGAGGCAGAGAGAAAAAGCGUAGGUCCAGCACAGAGGCAGCUCUCCUCAGCCCCGUGGGAUCCAGUCCCUGUUAUUCCAGCCUCAGUCCUGAGUGCGAGCAGAGCCCCGCGCUCUCACGUCUCCAAUGGACGAAGCCAUUAAGUGAGACUUUGGAGGGAUAUACUUCUGCAAAGACUUAGCUUGGGAGAGAACGUGACUCGAGUUUGCCAGAAAGAGUUCGUUGUGGUAGUGGAUUAAAGGCAACCCACUGUAAUGCCUGAGCCAGCCUGUUCUGUUGGACUGAUCUUGUCAAGCAGGAAAACGGUGGCAGCUGAGAAGUCCUGACCACCUUUGAGGAGAAACUGGGCAGCAGAUAGGGUCAAGACCUCCCUUUCUAAUCCCUGUUCAUGUGAGUAGUCCCCUUGACUGCAGUUGUUUGUGCAUUUAAAUGUGGUUGUGCAUUUCAGUGCCUAGCUAGUAGAAUCUCCAUGCUGGAGGUGGUUUGUUGUUGUUUUUGGUUUUUUUUAAGGUGAUUUCUUCCCCACUCCUCCCCCUCCCCUCCCCUUUUUGAGUUGAUACAAGGCAGACUCUCAAAGCUUUUUAUCUUUGUUUUCUCCAGGUUAUUUAAAAGGUUCCCAUUGCCCAUUGUUUGUGCCAUGUUUUUUCAUUAUGUUUAAGCAAUCAUUCCUUUAUUUAACAUUUAAUACAUAUCGGACAUUGAAAACAUCAUUGUAUCCUCACUGUUUGGCCAAUGUUAAUCUUAGCUUUCCUCAAUACUAAAAGCUAAUCGUUUUUAAUUGAGGGCAUAGGAAACAUAUAACAAUUAAACUUUGCAUAUGCUGUAAUAAAAAUAUAUAUUUUCAAACUAAAAAAACUAUAAUGUACAAAUAACCUAAUAGCUUAGUAGCUUCACAGAAGGAAGUUACUUGCUGUAUACUGCAAAAGAAAGACAAGCUUUUUAUUUUUCAAGAGUCUUCCUGAUUCUUCAUUUACCUCCAUUUCUACUGAAUUAGGAACCUAGUCCUGCAGACUUGUACUCCCAUGAGUAGUUCCAGCAACACCAGUAGGUCUACAUACAGGUGCAGAGGCUGCAAGACCAGACCCUAAGUGUUGCACACAGAUAUAUGUGUAUAUAUAUACAGAAAAAAUAUAUAUUGCCAUUCUUGCCAUGAUCAUCUUAUGGGGUUUUAUUUCAAAGCCCUUCUCUUCCAGAAGCAAAGUUUUUCUAUCAUGCAUGGAGUAAAGGAGUAUGUUAGCUCCCCCCUGCCCUUCCCUCCUUGAGGCAAAGGAAGCAUGUGCUUGUUUUAGGGAUUGCUUAUUUUAUUUUGUAACUAACUAGACAGCCUUAGUAACCAGGUAGGGUAGGGGUGGAUAUUGCAUGCUAUCCAGCAACUUAGAAAUAAAUUUUGUUUGUUUUAAGCAAAGCUUUGAUCAAAUAAGAUAGUAUUUAAAAUAACAAUAGUUACCCAGAAGAUGCAUCAUUUGGAACAAUAAAAACCCUAUUACCAUCACUUGCCUGCAGAAUUUUGCUUUUAAAAACCAAUUUAAAAAAAAAACCCUCAUAAAAUUCUAUUGUAAAAACAUAUAAGAUGACCAUG